CACAGGCUCCGGCUGUAGGCACGCUGCCAGCACAGUGCUCCUCGGCUGAACAAAAUGUCCCCUUGUCCCAGGGCCUGGCUUUUUGGAGCGACCGCUGCUGUGCUUCCCGGGAUCCCCGCUCUUUCCCGGAGGAGCUUCGGGACUCUCCAUCCAGGCGCUGACACCUGCGCUCGGCUGGGAAAUGCAAUUUAGGGACCGUAGAGGAGGGAGUGGAAAGAGACGCCUGGAAACCCCGGACUCCUGCUCGUGGGGGGAAGGCUGGAAUCCCGGCAAGGGAGAAAGCUGUGCCGGGAAUUUUAUCCAGUAACAGCACGGGAGGAUGCGGCUGCCGGGAAUUUUAUCCAGCAUCAGCGAAGGGAGGAGGAUGCUGCCACCAUUUUAGCGGCGGCGCUCCCGCCCGCCGCGGCCGGAACCGGGGCUGGGGAAGCCGCCGCGGAGCCGGGGGGCACCGGGCCCCUCCGGCCCCAUCCCGGCUGCUGUCCCCCCCGCCGGGGAGGGCUUCCUGUCCCCCGCCCGCCCUGCGGGGUCGGCGGAGCCGCGGGGAGGAGGGACCGGGGGCUGCGGGCGCUUCCUGCCGCCGCCCCCGCCGGGGCAGAGCGGAGCGGGGCGGGGGCUCGGCUCGGCCCGGCCCAGCCGAGCGCCGCUCCCGGGCCGAGACAAACUUCCCGGGGGGCUCACACCAACACACGCACACGCACACAUAGAUAUUUAAUUUCUCUUUUUCCCCCCCCGCAUUUUAUUUUAAUUUUCUCGGCACUUUCGGCGGGGCCCCUGGGGCGGAGCCGCCCUCGCCGCCGGGAGGGGCCGGUGCCCGCAGCGCCGGGGAUGGGCUCCGCCGGGGCGUCCUCCGCCUAGACCAGCCCGGCUCGGCUCGGCUCGGCUCGGCCCGGCCCGGCCCGGCCCGGCGCGCAGCAUGGCCGCGGAGCUCAGCGCCGAGGAGGAGCAGGCAACCAAGCAGUUCCUGGAGGAGAUCAACAAGUGGACAGGCCAGUACAAUGUGUCCCCGCUCUCCUGGAAUGUGGCUGUCAAGUUCCUCAUGGCCCGCAAGUUUGACGUCCUGCGGGCCAUCGAGCUCUUCCACUCCUACAGGGAGACGCGGCUGAAGGAGGGGAUUGUGAAGCUGAAGCCGCACGAGGAGCCGCUGCGCUCGGAGCUGCUCAGCGGGAAGUUCACCAUUCUGAGCGUGCGGGACCCCUCGGGAGCCUCCAUCGCCCUGUUCACAGCCAAGCUGCACCACCCCAGCAAGAGCGUGCAGCACGUGGUGCUCCAGGCACUCUUCUACCUGCUGGACCGAGCUGUGGAGAGCUUUGAGACGCAAAGGAACGGGCUGGUGUUCAUCUACGACAUGGCAGGGUCACAGUACACCAACUUCGAGCUGGACCUCAGCAAGAAGAUCCUCAACCUGCUCAAGGGUGCCUUCCCAGCUCGGCUCAAGAAGGUUUUCAUCGUGGGAGCACCCAUGUGGUUCCGCGUGCCCUACUCCAUCAUCAGCCUGCUGCUGAAGGAGAAGCUGCGGGAGCGGGUGCAGAUGGUGAAGAUGUCGGAGCUGAAGGAUCACCUGCCCCGGGAGUGCCUCCCUGAGUACCUCGGAGGGUCCCUCAAACUGGAUCCUCUGAGCUGGAAUUGCCGGUUCCUGCCCCAGCAGAACGGGCACCCCGACCCCCUGGACGAGCUCAUCCUGGUGCCGCUGGCGGCCCCCAAAGAUAACGGCUCCGUCCACGUCCCCGGGCCCAAGUCUGUCACCCUCCAGGAGCUGCUGGAUCAUGUCAGCCACAAGCAGAAACGUGGCAUCUAUGAGGAGUACGAAGACAUUCGGCGCAGGAGCCCGGCCGGCACUUUCGUCUGCUCUUUGGCACCCUACAACCAGGACAAGAACCGGUACGGGGACGUGCCCUGCCUGGACCAAACCCGUGUCAAGCUGGCGAAGCCGUACAGCCGCCCAGAGCUGACUGACUACAUCAACGCGAGCUUCAUGGAUGGCUACAAGCAGAGGAAUGCGUACAUUGGCACUCAGGGGCCUCUGGAAAACACCUACGGUGACUUCUGGCGCAUGGUGUGGGAGCAGAACGUCCUGGUGAUUGUGAUGACAACCCGGCUGGAGGAAGGAGGCAGGAGGAAGUGCGGCCAGUACUGGCCCCUGGAAAAGGACUUCCAGGUGUGCUUUGGGGCCCUGACCAUCACCAACCUGGGCGUAGAGAACCUCAACCAUUACAAGAAAACCAUCCUGGAGAUCCACAGCUCAGAGACCAGGGAGCGGCGGUUGGUGUCCCACUUCCAGUACCUGAGCUGGCCAGAUUAUGGCGUCCCCUCUUCCGCUGCCACUCUCAUUGACUUUUUGGGGGCCGUGAAGCAGCAGCAGAGAGUGGCUGUCAGCUCCCUGGGACCUCGCUUCAAGGGUCACCCCGGGGGACCCCCAGUCGUGGUGCACUGCAGCGCUGGCAUUGGCAGGACAGGUACCUUCUGCGCGCUGGACAUCUGCCUGUCACAGCUGCAGGACGUGGGCACGCUCAACAUCUACCAGACGGUGCUGCGCAUGCGGACCCAGCGCGCCUUCAGCAUCCAGACCCCCGAGCAGUAUUACUUCUGCUACACCGCCAUCCUCGAGCACGCCCAGCGCGAGGGCCUGCUGCUCACCAACCACAGCCGGGCCGCCCAGGACAAGAGCUCGCCGGGGCACUGAGAGCCUGCGCCUCCCGCCGACGCCGCUGCCCGUCCUCGGGGGCUGCCCGCGCCGCCUCGGGGCACGCCGGGACUCGGCAGAGCCGUGGGGGCGGCGGUGCUGGAGCACCUCGGCUCUCAGCACUGCUGUGGAACUGUGCCUUAUUCAACCCAAACGGUGGCUGCCACUUUGCCGGCACAGGAAGGGGCUCUCGCUCCUGCCCGUCGUGUUUCGGUUGGGUUUGGAUGGUUGGGGAGGUGGUUUGUCUUCUCUUUGAGUUGUUGGGUUUUUUAAUUUUCGGGUUUUUUUGUUGUUGUUGGGACCACCUAAGAUGUACCUAGAGAGGGGCUUUGCAAAGUCCUAGGAAAUGUAUUCCCAGUCCUGGGGCUGAGGAAGAGGCACGUGCUUCGGUCUCGCCUGACGCUCCAUCUGUGUGUGUGUAUGUAUGUGUGUAUAUAAUAUACCCCCGCUGUGACCCCCGGCUAUUAUAUAGAUACAUAUAUACAACCGCCCCUUUAGCAGCUCCCAGGGGUCCCCGCUGUCCUGCCACCUCACUGCUGUGAUCUCUGGAGCGGUGAGUUCAGUCCUGGCUCUGUCUUGUCUUCCCCCUUCCCCUUACUUCCCCUCAUGGGCAGCGUUGGGACCCAGUACCCACUCCUGUGCCCAUCCCACUGGAGGCACAGGAUACUUGAUGGUGUCCCCCCUGUUUCUUUGUCUCAUCCUCCCCAUGGAGAGAGGUAGCAGCUGUGCUCCUGGGAGGAUCUGGAGGACUGGGUUGUCCAGGGGUGCUGAGCUCGCCGGCAUCGCGUGCCCUUGGGUGCCGCCGAGGGAGUCACUAGGUACGAGGUGACGGGGCCGUGGGGACCGACCGGCUCUCCAGGUUGCCCGGCUUUCCCAAGCUGCCGCUGGGAACCCGCAGGCCCAGCCCUGCCUUGAGUCAUGGGCUGGGAAAGCGCUGAGCAAGAGGAAACCCCAAACCCUGGAGAGGCAACGAGCCUCUGCCCCGGCCCCCGCCACUGCCUGGGCCUCCCCAACUUUAUACUGUAAUAAGCUCUUUGAAUGUGUAUAUUCUUAUUUUUUUAUAAUCUUGGGGGAGGGGGGCACAGGGUUUAGGAGGUUUUCUUUUGGGUUUUUUUUUGUGUUUGGUUUUUGGUUUUGGUUUGUGUUUUUUUUUGUUUGGGUUUUUUUUUUUUUUUUUGUAUUUAACAUUAACUUGAUCCAAGCCAGAGCCAGAAGUAUUUGUAAAUGUUCCUAUUUUGCUCUCAGAGAAACCUUUUUGUUGUUACUUUUUUGGGAGUUGUUUUGUUUUUAUUUGUAUUGAUAUAUAAAUAUACCACCAGUGACCAGUC